GACGUAGCCAGGCGGAUAACACACGGCACCGGCGGACAACUCGGUGACCACCGAUGCGAACCACAAACUUCCAUCUCUCUCUCUUAAAAUAUAUAUGACUCUCGUGCCUUUUUUGUUGUUCGCCUAGUUUUAGUUUCUUGGCAUAUUUAGGCUGCAGAAUAACAGUUCACGUAGUGAAGCAUCCUUCGCUCGUUGUUUAGAACUUGUUAUGUGAAAGAACUUGGUCAAAUAACGGGGACAGUAGCAGCCGUGAGAGAGGGAGAAAAGGGUUCUUGUUAACGGUGGGUGUUUUCCAGUGCAGGCGGAUAGGGUGAGUGUGUCUCCCCCUCCCGUCCCCCCCGUCCCUCCUGCACACCGCGGCUACCUGGCGAGGAGAUUUGGAUUAACACUAUGAACUGGCGGUAACUAAUCUCCACGGGAAGACAAACGGACUCGUUCUCUCGCUGUGGGAUCUCUUUUUUUUAUUAUUCCUUUUUUCCCUACACCUCUUUGGCUGGAGACGAUGUCUGUCCGGGGAUACUUUGUCGCUUUUUCCAAAUGCACAGUUCUUCUCUCCCUGAGGAUUUUGCUUCUUGUGCCUGCAGGGUUGCCGGUCCGCAGCCAAGGGGACUCUAACUCCGACAACAAAGUGAUGGACAAUAUCACCGUCCGACAAGGAGAGACGGUCUUUCUCAGGUGUGCACAGGGGGACGUUGUCACACACACAGCAUGGCUAAACCGCUCGAGUAUACUGUACGCCGGAGAAGACAAAUGGUCGGUGGAUCCCAGAGUGAGUCUGGUGACCCUUAAUCAAGACGAGUUUACCAUCAAGAUUGAAAACGUGGACAUGACAGAUGAGGGCCAGUAUGUGUGCGCAGUCCAGACGAGCAGUCGACCGAGAACCACCUCAGUGCACAUCCUCGUCCAAGUGCCACCAGAAAUCAUCAACCUGUCAAAAGAUAUUGUGGUAAAUGAAGGCUCCAACGUCACCCUGAUGUGCCAAGCCAGCGGUAAACCAGAGCCUUCCAUCAGCUGGAAACUCAUCUCCUCCUCAGGGGACCUGGGAUCAGACGAUGAGUACCUGGAAAUCCCAUCUAUCUCCAGACAGAAAGCAGGGACGUAUGAAUGCACAGCUGUCAACGAGAUUGACACAGCUGUCAAGACCCUAGACAUCACCGUCAACUAUGCUCCGACUGUGUCAGAGGGCAGAGAUGUUGGAGUGACUCUGGGCCAAAGAGGAGUGCUGGAGUGUGAAGCUGAUGCAGUGCCUGGAGCAGAUUUUGAGUGGUAUAAGGAGGACAGAAGGAUCCUCAAUGGCUUGGAUGGCAUGGAGAUUGUGAACACUGGAUCGCUGUCGAAGCUGACAUUUUUCAAUGUGUCUGACGGAGAUUACGGCAACUACACUUGUGUCGCCGUCAACAAACUCGGGAGCUCAAACACAAGCUUCCUUCUGUAUGUGGUAAUAGAACCCACUAGCUCAACGCUAUUGCAAGGGCCGAGAGCAGUUCAGGAUGGCAGCGGUGGCGCAAUGGGAGUGCAUUCACACACCUGUCUCCUCUUCAUAGUGCUUCUGCCGUUCCUGCUCCGAUUUUGAAGAGGAAUGGAUUUGAACACAAGUAUUUUGGGUGUGAGUGUGUGCGUCUGUGAGUGAGUGUGUGUGUGUGAGAGUGUGUCUGUGUGUGUGAGAGUGUGUGUGUGUUUUUCUUUUUGUUUUUUUCUCAACCGGAACCAUAAACUGAUGCACAGUGAGUGCAUGAAGUAUCCAGCUACGUAAAGUUGUUGACCCACUAAAUAAGUACGUAACAAAAGUUUCUUGUUUUUUGGUUUUUAGAUUUCAAGGAUGUAACAAAUGUUUCACAUUUCAGUUGAAUUAUAUUGGAAUUUUUCUUUCUAAAUUAUAUAAUUCUGGAUUAUCUCUUUUUACAUAUACUGUAUGUCUCGGAAGGGAAAAAAUUAAUAAUAAUUUUUUUUUAAAUGUGGUGUCUCUUAUUCAAAUGCAUUUGUCUUAAUUUUGAAUCGCAUUGCAUAUUCAUCUCAACUCCAGGAAAAGGCUAAUUUACAGCAAGUAUGAGAGGUGAAUAUUAAAUACCUCAAAGUCAAGCCGAGACAGUGAAGCAGAAGGAAUUUAGGUUACCCUGAGGCUGAAAGCCUGGUAUUAUCAUAUUUCAAUGUAUAAUAAUUAUCAUUCAGUCUGGUUGGUGAAAUAGAAUUGUUUUUGACCUUCAAGUAUUUUUGUUCCCAGCAGUAUAGUGAUUGCAGUUGU